GGACCCGAAGCAACAACAAAAAAACACACACUGCAUUUCAGAGAAAGUUUGCAAACACCAACCACGACGCGGUGAAAACCAUAGUGGAAAGAAUCGUGAAAAUUUUGGGAGCAACAACGCACGUUCGCACACAAUGGCCGAUGUGCUCGAUAUCUACAACCACGAGGAGUUCGAGGUGGACGAAGAUGGCGACCAGGGCAUUGCACGAUUGAAGGAGAAGGCCCGCAAACGGAAGGGACGCGGUUUCGGCAAUGAGAGCAUACCCCGCGAAACGAUCGACUACGAGCGCAUGCAGGACGAAGAGGAGGAAGCGGAACCGGGCCCACAGCGAUCGGUCGAAGGAUGGAUCCUGUUCGUGACGUCCAUACACGAGGAAGCGCAGGAGGACGACAUACAGGAAAAGUUCUGCGAGUUCGGUGACAUCAAGAACAUUCACCUGAAUCUGGACCGUCGAACCGGCUUCCUCAAGGGCUACGCAUUGGUCGAGUACGAAACGUACAAGCAGGCGCUGGCAGCGAAGGAAGCGCUGAACGGGUCCGAGGUGCUCGGACAGACGAUUGCCGUCGACUGGUGCUUCGUGAAAGGGCCAAAGAAGCUUAAGAAAUCUUCCGAACGACGCCGGCGAUAGGGAAUAGAACGCGUGGGCGCAAGGCACAGUAUAAUAAGUCGUCUAUCUCAGCAGAAGGUACCAAAACACGCGCAUUCACCCGGGAACGCCCCGCACCCCAAAAGAGAGAACGUCUAUUCAUAUGUAAAAUUUGAAUGAAAAUAAAUUAAUUAACUACUAUCUAAACAC